UAUCUGAAAAGCAGAGAUAAACAACAAUGGGCUUUCGGAGGACACCGGUGUUAGAUAAUCGGUUUUAUUCCCGAGAGUAUUGUUUUCACUCAACCUUUUUUCCCAGGCGCGUGUGUUAGCGAUUCAGGGUGAUCUUUAUGAGACAGGCAGAUUAUUCAUGUCCAUCUGACUAGAAGUGUUUAGAAAGAGACACAUGAAGAGCUCAUGGCAACAUUUACCUGCAAUAAACUUACUUUCUGGAUGGGACGAGGAAUUUAUCAACUUUUUAAUCUUGGUUCAUACACCUUCCUAAAUGAAAAUAUAUUUUAAUAAUCUUAGGACAGACGAGUAAAAACGUUUACAGUGUUCUAUUAGGAUGACAGAAUCCUUGACAUUUUAAGCAGUUCUCUGCCAGCUCCAGUGCUCUGCUACCUGCUUAAGCUACACUUACUACAUUCAAAUAAAUCAUUGACAUCCCCAAAUGCCACCAUGCCCAUCAUCAGCAAUGCCAACCAUGAUUUUAGCAAUCUCUCAGUCAGCACAGACGACAGCAGCCUUGACCUGUUUUUCUCAGAAAUUCCAGAGACCGAAACCAUCAAAGGUGUAUACUUUCAACGUGCCCAGCGACUACACAACAUCCCGGUCUUCAGAGAUGUUGACCACAAUAAACUAGCCCUCAUCAAUGUAGGAGGAGAUUGCUACACGUUUCCUUGGAGCACACUGGAGGAAUUCCCACUCACUCGUUUGGGACAGCUGUGUCACUGCAGCAGCCCAGAUGAUAUCGCCCAGCUUUGUGAUGAUUACGAUGAGGCCCGGCGAGAGUUCUUUUUUGACCGCAGCUCGAUGGCCUUCCGGGUUAUCUUAAACUUCCUGGCUGCAGGUAAACUGAGACUGCUGCGGCAGGUGUGUGCUGUGUCACUGUCUGACGAACUCAACUAUUGGGGCAUCGACCCUGUUCACAUGGAACGCUGCUGUCGGCGCAAGUUGUUGUCCCGUGUGGAGGAAGUAGGAGCGAAGAAAAUGAAGGAGGAAGAGAGGAGGCAGAAAAGGCAAGCCAUACAGAAGCCUCUAGCACAAGAGAAGGGCUACAUCUGGUUCAUGAGCCAGCUGCAAGAAAUAGUGGAAAACCCUCAUUCUGGCUGGCUUGGGAAAAUCUUUGCAUGUUUCUCAGUGGUCAUGAUUGCUGUGACAGUUAUCAGCUUGUGUAUCAGCACCAUGCCUGAUCACGAUAACAGGGGUGAAUGCUCAGAAAAAUGUCGCAACAUAUUCAUAGUGGAAACGGUGUGCGUGGCCUGGUUCUCCAUGGAGUUUUUGUUGCGCUUCCUACAGGCUCAAAGCAAACUGCAGUUUGUUCGAAAUCCACUUAAUAUAAUAGAUGUCAUAGCCAUUCUACCAUACUACAUUUCUUUGGUUGUCGAUAGCGAAGAUGAAUCUGAAGAAGCCGAGCUUAAUGGUAGCGCUGGUCGUGGAUAUUUAGAUAAGCUGGGUUUAAUUCUGCGAGUCAUGCGUGCCCUGCGAAUCCUGUAUGUGAUGCGACUGGCACGACACUCACUGGGCCUUCAGACCCUGGGUCUUACAAUACAACGGAGUAUGCGAGAAUUUGGACUCCUGCUUCUCUUCCUCUGCGUGGCUGUAGCUCUAUUCUCACCUCUCGUACAUUUGGCAGAGAAAGAAUUCACAAAGAACAAGCCCACUGGGCCCCACAGCUUUAGCAGCAUUCCUGCUUCCUAUUGGUGGGCUAUCAUAUCCAUGACGACAGUUGGCUACGGUGACAUGGUACCAUACAGUAUACCUGGCCAGGUUGUUGCCUUUAGCAGCAUACUGAGUGGUAUUCUUAUCAUGGCUUUUCCAGCUACAUCUAUCUUCCAUGUUUUUUCUCGUUCAUAUCACGAGCUGAAGCGUGAACAUGAAAUGAUUUGUAAAGAAGAGCGAGCGGCCACCUUGGAUGCUAAAGAGGACGCCCAGAGAGUGCUGGAGAGACACUCUUUUUCUUGAGCCAGCAAUAAGAGUAAUAGUCAAAGCAAGGGCAAUGGCACAACUGACAGUCUAACAUGCUGCA